AUGUCCGCCAACGCCAACACCCCGCCCGCCAUCACCCUCAACGGUGUCACUGAGCCGACCACGAUGGACGUCCAGCCUUCGGUGAAGAAUUUUGGCGAGCCGCUACAGCGGCCCACCAUCUCGCGCAAUGACACAACCUUCUCCAAGACGUCGGUGCCGCCAGAAGGGUCCGUCUUGACUGGCAAGCAGGAACAUUACCUCAAGCGCGAACUCAUUUCUGAGCAGACAAAAUAUGAAAUCUCUGAGCUCUCCUCACCAACUGCUCUCAGGCGCUUUGGCGCACCCUUUCGCUCCGACGCAGGCGAAGUCGCGCCCGAAGACUCUGAACUCCCCCUCUUGCGCUACAUCUUUGUACACCAUGUGCGCAACUUUCCAUUUCUAGACAAGGCCAAGGAGAAGGAAUUCUGGCAGGACAAGCUUCAAGUUUUCCUCGAAUCUUUUGCCAGCAAGGACAUCUCCUCAUCAGAAGAUCGGCUAGAGGAAACAAAACGGAGGAAGCUGGCGCUCAAGGCUCACAAGCUGGUGGAGCUCAUGAUGGUCUCGGGUAUCCCGACGGCGUCUGGAUAUGAGGAGCGGAUACGCUUUGCGGAAAUGGAGAUUGUUGAUCGACAGGCAAAUGAGACUGGUUUGACCAUGAACGAGCCGAGUGGGCACUUCAUAAACGGCUGGGAUGUCAACGUUGCGGGCGUUAGGACUACAUCCGUCAAGAAGCAUCUGCGCUAUCACACACACGCAGAGUAUCUCAUACGGGUCAAACAAGGUGGAGGUAAGGACUUCUACAUUGGUCGCCGAUACGCCGACUUUGUCCAAUUGCACAAGCGAAUUCGCCUUGAGCUCCCAGGCAAAGUUCUCACCCCACUGCCUCGCAAGAACAAGAAGGAUGGUCUCCUACAAACAAGCGUGGAUGAUGACGACGUGAGCUCCAUCUCGUCCGAGUCAACCCAGGGACCGCCCCCAGAACCGCAAGAGAGCAGUGGCGGAGGUGGCCUCCGAAGCUACAUUUUUGGUGGUGGUCACAAGCGCAAUGCUUCGCAGACUUCUCUGGGCAGAAAAUCUCCAAGAGCUUCUGGGGAGUAUUCAGCCUACAAAGCGUCCCGAAGGUUGUACCGCGAAGAACAGCGAGUUUCCCUCCGAGCCUUCCUUCGCUCGUUCCUCAACAAUGAGCGCAUCGCAUCCUCGCAUGCUAUGACCGAGUUCUUGACGCAUGACCACAUUGAAUUGAACGAGGAGGAGAUGGAAGAUAUUCACCGGAGAGAAGAAAUGGACAAGAAGCGCAUAGAAGAGCAGAGGCAAUUCUACGAGGUGGCGCGGCAAAGAGCAGCAGAACUCGAUAUCCACAUGGAGAAGUUCAGGAGAGAAAUUGUCGAGAGUAACGGCCUGACGAAUCUGUUUCAAGAAAUCAGGAUCAAGAACAGCAUUGCGGAGCUCAAGCCAGAAUACCAGAAGUUUGCCGAAUGGCUCCGAAUCGAGGUGGCAGCUACCAUCUACCAUCUGUUCUUGGCAGAAGACAAUUCUCCUGAAUUGUUUGCACAAGCAAAACGGAUACAUUCACUUGUUCCCUAUGGUGUGCUCAAGAACGUCAUUCGAAUCGCAAACCCUGCAGCAGUGAUGAGCGGCGUACUCGACCUUUUCUUAGCCCAGCCUUUCGGUGCUCGAUCAUUACUGCAGCGAAUCUUCGGCAUGGCCAUUAACGAUGGUAUCAACUCAGUGCAGAAGACGAUAGACACGCUUGGAUCGACCAGGAUAAAGGACGAUGUGCUUUGUGCCAAGAUCCAAGCUUACGUUAAAGCAGACGAAAACGUCAAGCAGUUGAUUCGCGAAGAAGCUCAGAGUGAUAAUGUCGACGUUGUCGUUACCAUAUUAAGAUCUGAAUACUUCGAGCCGGAGUUGAGCUCCCAACAAGUAGAGAAGGUGUUCAAUGCUUAUGUUGCGUGGACCAACGCGGUCGAAAAUGUGAGCUCUCGUCGGUUGAGUAGAACGACGAGUCGCCGCAGCAACAUCAGCUUGAAUACUAACAAUGCAGCUCAGGUCGAGAAAGAAAUGCGCUCGGGCGCCGAGCUUUUCGCUCACCUGAAGCAGUAUCUGAAGCUUUGUUUGCGACAGCGGGAUAAGCUUAUGAUGCUUCAGAUUAUCGAAGAGCCUACGACACUACAGCUGUUCAGAGACUUGUUUACCAUCUUCUACGAGCCACUCGUCCGCGUCUACAAGUCUGCGAACGUGUACAACAGUAUCACCGACUUUGCUCUGUUCGUGGACGACACCAUCAGAACCAUUGAGGCAUGUCAGCGACAAGAAGUCUCGGCGGAUCCCAAUCAAACCGUGCAAGCCUUUAUUGAUUUGUGCGCACGACACGAGGACAAUUUUUACAAGUUUGUCCACGAAGUACAUAAGCACGAUAAUGGCCUAUUCGACCAGCUGAUGGGCUGGCUAGAGGGCAUUCUCGACUUCUUGCGUCAUGGGCCUGGUGGUGGCGGCAAGCUUGACAUGAAUGCGCUAUUCCAGGGUGGACUGGAAUCAGGCAUCAUCGAUAAGGACAAGGCGAUUCGUGAGAUCAAUAGUUUGAUCAAGUGGCAGAUGGCGAGGAAGAAGUGGCACAGCGACAAGACGAGGCAAAAAAUGGCAAGUGGCGGCAACGAGCCAGACACGCUGAUGGGUGGCAUCGCCGGCUUCAAAUCGAGUGAUUUUGGGCUCAACGCGAUGGACCUCCAGGACUUGGAGCUUGACGACGAUGUCAGCGACUCUGAUGCAUCGGAAGAUGGAGACGAUGCAGAUAUUGCCGACCCCAUCGAAGCAGAGCGCAAGAACAGGGCUCGCGCAGCAGAGAAGCUGAGGAGAAAAGCGGGAGAGCCGAAGAAGCCGCCGAUUGUGGAGUUGUACAAGCUGAAUGAAGGCUUCAAUAGCAUGUUGAGGAACGUGCUCGCUCAGUAG